AUGUCAAAUAUAAGCAAAGUAGAUGGAUGGAAGCCAACGGUAAUAAUGGUUUUGGUUCAGGUAAUAUAUGCCUGGAUGAACGUUUUGUCGAAAUUAGCAGCUCAUGAUGGAAUGGAUCUCAGAGUUGCUGUCACUUAUCGUUUUCUUUUCGGAGCUGCUUCCAUGGUUCCUAUAGCAUUCUUCUUCGAAAGGAAAAAAAGACCAAAGUUAACAUGGAAAGUUCUCUUCUAUGCAUUUCUCUCCGGAUUAUUUGGAGGUGCAUUGGGGCAAAACCUGUUUAUAGAGAGCUUGGCGCUUACAUCAGCCACAUUUAUAUCAGCUAUGAACAAUCUGGUUCCCGCCACCACCUUUCUAGUAGCCGUUUGCCUAAGGUUGGAGAGUUUAGGUUGGGGUACAAAAGCAGGCAAAGCAAAGGUUCUAGGAACAAUUAUAGGAUUCGGAGGGACAAUGUUGUUCGUGUUGUACAAAGGUCCAAAUCUUACAAUUUGGAAAACAAAUGUAAACAUUCUCAACAUGGCCGCUAGUCAUCAUCAGACACCACUUAAACCCCAGAGUGGCAAUCAAAUCCUCGGCUCGAUCAUUGCGUUUUUGUUUUGUGUUUCUUCCUCGCUCUCGCUUAUUUUUCAGGCUAAGGCAGCUCAACAUUACCCUUGUCCUUUAUCAUUCACGGCUCUAAUGAUUGUGAUUGGAUUGGUUUUGAAUCUUAUUGCUACAAGCUGCUUACAACGCGAUUUGAAUGAAUGGAAGUUAGGGUGGAAUAUAAGACUCAUUACGGUUGCAUAUUCGGGACUUCUAGGCACCACGACCGUGUUUAGCCUAAUAAAUAUAGCUAUAUCGAUGCGGGGUCCAUUAUUUACAGCAGCUUUCAACCCUUUGGUACUUGUAAUUGUGGCCAUAAUCGCAUCUCUUGUACUAGAAGAGAAUUUAUACUUGGGAGGCUUGCUUGGAGGUUUUCUUAUAAUUUGUGGUUUAUACGUCGUAUGUUGGGGCAAAAGUAGAGAGAUUAAGGUGAAUGACAACCGCACUGUGCCAUAUGGUGACCAAAUUGAUGAAGGUGCAAUGUCCAAUGGGAAAGAUAUAUGCGGAGAAGUAUAG